UUUGUGGUGACAGGUAACGGACAAAGGUUUGGCCGGUUUGGUUUAGGUAAAGCUGCUGACACAAGAGCAGCUUUGCGCAGGGCUAAAAACAGAGCUGGACAAAAACUUAUGUACUUUGAGUUAUACAAAAAUCAUACCAUAUUCCAUGAUUUUUUCACGUGCUUUGGUAAAACCAAAAUAUUUGUUACCAAAAAGGCUGAAGGCCAUGGUUUGGUAUGCCAUCGAGCCAUCAAAUCAAUUUGUGAAGUCAUCGGAAUAAAAGACUUACAUGCUAAAGUUGAAGGCUCCACAAACUUACAAAACAUUGUCAAAGCCUUCUUCUUAGGCUUACUGCAACAAAAAAGCCAUCAAGUCAUCGCUGAAGAAAAGCGAUUACAUUUAGUAGAAUUUUCUAAAGGCAACAAUGAAUUUCCUGUCGUCGUAGCCUCUCCUAAAAAUCCUAGGUCUGCAGAAGAAAUUAGUCGUGAUGAAGUUAUAGAUUAUAAUAGAUACAUUAUGAAUGAUAAAGUUGUUUUGAAAAAGAAAAAAUACCCACCGUUCUACGCUAGUAUGCCAUCUCAUACUUUAUAUUUGAAGAAAUGUGAAAAGAGGAGGAACCACGAUCUGGUUAGGCUUAAUAUGUUGGUGGAGCAUGGUGAAUUAAAGAGUUUUAUGACGGAUAAGUACCCUGAGUGCAGGCCUGGUUACGCAAAGAAGGAAGAAUAA